GUUAAUUGAGUGGUUGUUGUCGUGGUCGUUUGUCACAAUGAGGGAGGAAGGAUGUCAAUUAGCAACAGUCUGUUGAACGAAGCGUAUCUUGAGCCAGUAGGAGGGUUGAGUUUCAGGAUCAGCAACAUGUUGACCAAAACUGGACCUUGCAGUGGAGGCGUGCAUGAGCAAGCAGCAGCACCAGAGGAUACACACUCAGAUGAUGCCGAACUUACACCUGUCGAACUUGAUAAAAUUGCUAAAAAAGUUAGGACCUCAUUACCACAAAUUGCAAUUUAUCUGGGCUUUGACGGCGGAGAGAUUACACAAUAUGAGGAGUACAAAAAGUCAUAUCACAUUCUCUUUGCUAUUCUUGACAAAUGGCAGAAAAGGGAACACGCAACAAGGAAAGCACUACUGGAUGCUUGCAAGGAAGCAAGAGUUGGAAGGGCAGCUUACAAGAUUCUUUAUAAAAGCUGAGAAACUACAGUAACUUUUGUUCUGACUGUAAUCGUGUAUGUAUGGCUGUUGUGCUGCAGUAAGACAACACUAACAGUAUGUAGUCGUCAUUUUGACUGCAUGUGUGCAAUAAA